AUGGCAGGAGUAUAUAUAUUGCCCACCGAUCUCUACACGUGUCAGUUCCGUACGAUCCGCGUCCCCAGACAAGAUGAGCUAUAGAGUCCAGCCGAGCGGCUUCGCCACCAAGUCCAUCCACUCGGGCCAGAGCCCCGAACAGUGGAAGAGUGCCUCCGUGAUCCCCCAGAUAUCGCUGAGCACCACCUUUAAGCAAGAUGCUCCGGGUGAGCACCGCGGCUACGAGUACUCCCGGAGCGGAAAUCCCACCAGGACAGUGCUGGAGACGUGCUUCGCUGCACUGGACAACGCCAAGUUCGGCCUGACCUUCUCGUCGGGAUUGGGAGCCACCACCGCUGUGUUGACCAUGUUGAGCAGCGGCGAUCACAUCAUCAUGGGCGAUGAUGUUUAUGGAGGAACAAACCGUUUGAUCCGUCAGGUUGCCACCCGCCUGGGUAUCGCCGCCACCUUUGUGGAUCCCACUAAACUGGACGUUAUUAAAGCUUCCAUUAAGCCAGAGACCAAGCUGGUGUGGAUCGAGUCGCCCACAAAUCCGCUGAUCAAGGUGGCUGACAUCGAGGCGAUUGCCAAACUCGUUCAUGGCGUGCGGGAGGAUCUGAUCCUGGCCGUGGACAACACCUUCCUGACCUCAUACUUCCAGCGACCCCUGGAGCUGGGCGCCGAUCUGGUGUGCUACUCCCUGACCAAGUACAUGAACGGCCAUACGGAUGUGGUCAUGGGUGGCAUCACCAUGAACUCCGAGAAGCUCUACAAUAGCUUGAAAUUCCUGCAGAACGCGGUGGGCAUUGUACCGUCGCCAUUCGAUUGCUACCAGGUGAACAGGAGUUUGAAGACCCUGUCGCUGCGCAUGGAGCAGCACCAAAAGAAUGCGCUGAAGAUCGCCAAGUACCUAGAUAGCCACCAGUUUGUGGAGAAGGUCCUGCACCCCUCUUUGCCCUCGCAUCCGCAGCACGAGAUCGCACUGAAGCAGACCUACGGCUACAGCGGCGUGUUCUCCUUCUACAUUAAGGGUGAGCUGAAGCACUCCUCUGCGUUCCUGAAGGCCCUCAAGGUGUUCACCCUGGCGGAGAGUCUGGGCGGAUACGAGAGUCUUGCGGAGCUCCCGUCCGUGAUGACCCAUGCCUCGGUUCCGGCGGAGGACAGGAAGACCCUGGGCAUCACUGACGGCCUUGUCCGCCUGUCCGUUGGCCUGGAGGAUGCCGAGGACUUGAUCAAGGAUCUGGAGCAGGCUCUUGACAUCGCCUCCAAGGCCUAAGUCACUCACAUCACAUGUAUUCUCUCAGGGUUUCGUUAGAUCGGAAUUUGAAUUUGUAUAUUUACCCACCCAAUAAAAGUGUUUCGUCUCAAAUAAAAUGAUUGGUUAUUAGAAAUCGAGUCUGGAAUAGAUCAAUAAAUAAAUGGAAUUAUUUCGAACUGAUUA